AUGGUUGUUGCUGCAGUGGCUGAUGCUGAGCCUGCAGGUGGUGCACGCAGUGAUUUAAAGGCCCCAUCUGGCCUUGAUGAAGUCCUGGACCAGUUGCAGGGGUCGCCAGGUGCCAUGGCCAAGUUGUUUGGUGAUGAUGAGGCAGACAUGGGUGAUAGGGAGUCAGCAGCAGGCAGGAAGCGAAACAUGCCAAGAGCAGCAGGGACAGCAUCAAUGGCAGGCAGCUGAUACAAGAUCCGGACUUGGAUCUGCCCCUCGGGCUGCUUGACAGUGCUUGGUCGCAACCAGCAGCAGCAGCAGCAGAAUAAAGAAGAAAAGGUGGCACGCAUGUGCUGGCACACGGCGCAGCGGAAACUGGGCAAACGGGUGCUGGCUGACCCAAGCCGGAAGCAGGACUUUCUCCGGUGUCUCUACGGUGGCUGCAAUGCGGACGUGCCAUCACACUUGGCCCGUUCGGGUGCUAUUGCUGCCGGUGCUGGUGGAGCCACAUCAGCUGUGCUGGUCAUCAGCGCAGUAGUCUCAAUAUUCGGAGGCUGCUGCUGAUGUGCCCAAGAUCAGACAGACCUCAUCCACCAGCAGUUUCUUCUGGGGGUGGAAUUUAAGGCUUGAAAAAUUUAUAAUGGCCCGUUAUUUUAUCCCAAUUUGCUCUUCGGUAUUAAGCCUUGUAUCAUAUCAUCAUCGUCAUCAUUUCCACUGAUGCUCUUUGGGUCUAUUGAAUGGAUCCAGCUGCAUGAUAUUUUACAUGCACGUGGUUGCAGUAUUUCAUAAACAGUCGAACCUCUUCACGUCAAAUUUCUAAGGACCGGCGGAUUCGAGUAAAGGAAGUUUUGACUUGAGGCAACAA